CUCAUUAUUAUUUAUUUGAAUAUAGACCACAAAAUUCAAAGGCUUUCCAAGAAUUACACUAUAAAAGAAAGGAAGGCUCCUUCUGUUUAAUACACAUCUCAAUUCUCACAGACCGUGCCAUUUCUAAUAUAUCAAUGGCAGAAGCAACAAAGAGGUAUGCAGUUGUUACUGGAGCAAACAAAGGCAUAGGAUUGGAAACUGUGAGGCAAUUGGCCUCAAAUGGAUUCACUGUAGUCUUAACUGCCAGAGAUGAGAAAAGGGGUCUUGAAGCUGUUGAGAAACUCAAAGAAUCUGGCCUCUCAGGUCAAGUGGUUUUUCAUCAACUUGAUGUGGCUAACCCUACUACUGUUGCUUCCUUGGCAGAGUACAUCAAAACCCAGUUUGGAAAACUCGAUAUCUUGGUGAACAAUGCAGGGAUUACUGGAAGCCAAGUAGACGGUGAUGCUCUUAAAGCUGUAGCAGACACUGGUGCCGUGGAAAGAGGAGAAGUUGAUUGGAGUAAAUUAACGACAGAAACUUAUGAGUUGGCAGAAGAAUGCUUGCAAAUAAACUACUAUGGUGCUAAAAGAACAGCUGAAACACUUAUCCCACUCCUCCAGUUAUCUGACUCACCGAGAAUUGUUAAUGUUUCCGCUUCCUUGGGGAAGUUAAAGAACAUACCAAGUGAUUGGGCUAAAGGAGUUUUUACUGAUGCUGAUAACCUAACAGAAGAGGGAGUAGGUGAGGUAUUGACUGAGCUUCUAAAAGCCUUCAAGGAGGGUUCACUUGAAAGUAAAGGCUGGCCUUCUUCUUUGUCUGCCUAUAUAGUCUCAAAAGCUGCACUGAAUGCAUAUACAAGGAUUCUAGCAGAGAAGUACCCCGAUAUUCGUAUCAAUUCGGUAUGCCCUGGCUUUGUCAAAACCGAUCUAAACUCCAAUGCCGGCGUCUUGCCUGUCGAAGAAGGUGGUGCCAGGGUUGUGAGGACAGCAUUGCUGCCCAAUGAUGGCCCUUCUGGCUCCUUCUUUGUUCAGUAUGAAGUGUCAGAUCGUUUUCCAAUAACAUUAUAUUACAACCCAAAAGAAGGCUCCUUCUGUUAUUCUCAUUUCUCACAGAAAGACGAUCCCAUAAACGAAUCAGCAAUGGCAGAAGCAAUAAAGAGGUAUGCAGUUGUUACUGGGGCAAACAAAGGCAUAGGAUUGGAAACUGUCAGGCAGUUGGCCUCAAAAGGUUUCACUGUAGUCUUAACUGCCAGAGAUGAGAAGAGGGGUCUUGAAGCUGUUGAGAAACUCAAAGAGUCUGGCCUCUCAGGUCAAGUGGUUUUUCAUCAACUUGAUGUGGCUAACCCUGCCAGUCUUGCUCCUUUGGCAGACUUCAUCAAAACCCAGUUUGGGAAACUCGAUAUCUUGGUGAACAAUGCAGGGAUUGGUGGAAGCACAGCAGAUCCUGAUGCCUUUAGAGCUGUAGUAGAGUCUGGUGCCUUUGGAAGAGGAGAAGUUGAUUGGAGUAAACUAAAUACUGAAACUUAUGAGUUGGCAGAAGAAUGCUUGCAAAUAAACUAUUAUGGUGCUAAAAGAACAGCUGAAGCACUUAUCCCACUCCUCCAGUCAUCCGAUUCACCGAGAAUUGUUAAUGUUUCGUCUUUCAUGGGGAAGUUAAACAACAUACCGAGCGGUUGGGCUAAAGGAGUUUUUACUGAUGCAGAAAACCUAACAGAAGAGAGACUAGAUGAGGUACUGACUGAGCUUUUAAAAGACUUCAAGGAGGGUUCACUUGAAAGUAAGGGCUUUCCUUCUUCUUUGUCAGCCUAUAUAGUCUCAAAAGCUGCACUGAACGCAUAUACAAGGAUUCUAGCAAAGAAGUACCCCACUUUUCGUAUCAAUUCGGUCUGCCCUGGCUUUGUCAAAACAGAUAUAAACUACAAUAUCGGUGUCCUACCUGUCGAAGAAGGCUCUGCAAAGGUUGUGAAGUUAGCAUUGGUGCCCAAUGAUGGCCCUUCUGGCUCCUUCUUUGUUCAGUAUGAAUCCUUGUCACAUCUCCAUUGCCUCUCAUUGUUUCUGCUUAUCAUUUUCGUGUUAUGCAUUUGGUGUUUUUGUUUUUCCAGGUAUGCAGUUGUUACUGGGGCAAACAAAGGCAUAGGAUUGGAAACUGUGAGGCAAUUGGCCUCAAAUGGAUUCACUGUAGUCUUAACUGCCAGAGAUGAGAAAAGGGGUCUUGAAGCUGCUGAGAAACUCGAAGAGUCUGGCCUCUCAGGUCAAGUGGUUUUUCAUCAACUUGAUGUGGCUAACCCUGCUACUGUUGCUUCCUUGGCAGAGUUCAUCAAAACCCAGUUUGGGAAACUCGAUAUCUUGGUGAACAAUGCAGGGAUUGGUGGAGCCAUAGGAGAUGCUGAUGCCUAUAUAGCUUUAGUAAAGUCUUUGGAAAUGGGGAGAAGAGAAGUUGAUUUGAGUAAACUAAUGACUGAAACUUAUGAGUUAACAGAAGAAUGCUUGCAAAUAAACUAUUAUGGUGCUAAAAGAACAGCUGAAGCACUUAUCCCACUCCUCCAGUUAUCUGACUCACCGAGAAUUGUUAAUGUUUCGUCUGGUGCGGGGAAGUUAAACAACAUACCAAGUGAUUGGACUAAAGGAGUUUUUACUGAUGCCGAAAACCUAACAGAAGAGAGAGUAGAUGAGUUACUGACUGAGUUUCUAAAAGAUUUCAAGGAGGGUUCACUUGAAAGUAAGGGCUGGCCUUCUUCUAUGCCUGCCUAUAUAGUCUCAAAAGCAGCGUUGAACGCAUAUACAAGGAUUCUAGCAAAGAAGUACCUCAAUUUUCGUAUCAAUUCGGUCUGCCCUGGCUUUGUCAAAACAGAUAUAAACUGCAAUGCCGGUGUCCUUCCUGUCGAAGAAGGUGGUGCCAGGAUUGUGAAGUUAGCAUUGCUGCCCAAUGAUGGCCCUUCUGGCUCCUUCUUUGUUCAGUAUGAAGUGUCAGAUUUUUAAUUGAAGAUGAUCCAUUUAUGCAAAUUAAAUAAAUGCCAUUUAUUUGGCAGGAUCUUGAACUUUUAAUAUAACAAAGUAUAUUUGGACCCUGCAACAAAUCCUUUUUAAGUUCUUUCUACAUUCAAUAUGACUUGAGGAUGGGAUAAAA